AUGGAGAAGGUGGAAGGAAGAAACCAAACUCCCAUCAUGGAAUUCAUCCUCUUGGGGUUUGGGGAUGGCCCUGAACUGCAGCCCCUCCUCUUCCUGCUGUUUCUACUCUUCUACAUGGUGACUGUGGCUGGAAACCUCCUCAUUGUUGGGCUCGUGGUGGCUGAUCGGCACCUGCACACCCCCAUGUACUUCUUCCUGGGGAACUUGUCUAUUGUGGAGACCCUCUAUAGCUCCACCAUCCUGCCCAGGCUGCUGGCCAGUCUCCAGACUGGGAACAGAACCAUCUCUUUGAAGGGCUGCCUGAUGCAAUUGUAUUUCUUUGGCUUGAUAUCAGCUACAGAAAAUCUGCUGCUCACGGCCAUGUCGUACGAUCGGUAUCUAGCGAUCUGCCAACCCCUCCGCUACGCUGCUUUGAUGAAUGGCCGGGUCUGUUGCCAGCUGGUGACAGGGUCCUGGAUAAGCAACAUGCCAUCCUGCACCAUAGGAAUCACAGUCUUGUACCAAUUAACUUUCUGUGAUUUCAAAGAAAUUGACCAUUUUUUUUGUGAUGUGGCACCCCUGCUAAAGCUGUCCUGUAGCGACACCCAGACUGUUCAGUUGCUGCUGUUUAUUCUUGCUGCCUUAGUCCUGAAUCCUAUGAUCAACCCAGUCAUCUACUGCCUGAGAAACAAGGAGGUCAACAACUCCCUGACAAAAGCAACUCAUAAGCUGCUUGCUGUCAGAGACAGGUUUAGGAUUGGAAAGGACAAAUUUUAG